AUGUCUCCACGACGCCUUAACCCUCCGUUUCGUGCUGAACAUAUAGGUUCCUUGCUUAGGCCUUCGGAUUUGUUCGAUAAACGCCAGAAGUUCGAAGCAGGUCAGUGUACGCAGGAAGAACUGAAAGCUGCCGAAGAUGCAGCGAUAGAGAAAGUGGUACAAUCGCAGCAAGAGGUUGGUAUCAAGGCAAUCACUGAUGGGGAGCUGAGAAGGGGAUUUUUCUUCGAAGGCGUGUUCGACAAACUGGAAGGGAUGACCUUCAUCCCGAACCGGCCUCUUACCGAGUUUAAGCCAUAUGUUCCGUUUAUCUCAAUGCUCACUGCUGCUGGCAUGAAAGAUUUUCCGACUGUCUAUUGCACGGGGAAAAUCAGACGAACUAAACCUUGGUAUGCGGAGCAGUUCAUGGCCUUAAGGAGCCUUGUUCCUCAGGAGGACAUCAAGAACUUGAAGAUCACGAUGUGUCCUCCAACUUGGUUCCAUCAACGCCACGGAUCUGACCUUACCUACGAUUUAUCCGUGUACAACAGCGACGAGGAAUACUUCAAUGACCUCGCAAAGGCCUAUCAAGAAGAGAUCCAAGAUCUGUAUCGUCUCGGGUGCAGAAACAUCCAAUUCGACGAUGCGACUUUCUGCUUUUUCUGCGAUGAGCGCAUGGUGUCUGGUAUGAAGGAGGCUGGGGAUGACUUCGACUACUUGCUCGACACCUACAUUAAAGCCAUAAAUUCUUGCCUCAAAGAAAGGCCGGUAGGUAUGACAGUAGGAGUGCACAUGUGCCGCGGAAAUUUCAAGGGUGGGCUACAUUAUGCCGAGGGAGGCUACGCCCGGAUUGCCGAGAAGGUCUUCACUGGCCUCGACGUGGACUGCUUUUAUCUGGAAUAUGAUACUGAACGUGCUGGCGAUUUCGGUCCUCUGAAGUACCUACCACUGGAUAAGGUGGCGGUCCUCGGUCUUGUUACGACGAAGAGUCCUGAGCUGGAGUCCAAGGAGGCCUUAAAAAGACGCAUUCACGAAGCUGCCCAAAUAAUCUCGAAGGAAGGUAUUCCAACUCGGUCGAGAGAGACGGCUCUUGACCAGUUAUGCAUCAGCCCGCAAUGUGGCUUCGCUUCCGUCUGGGAAGGAAAUCCUUUGACAGAAAAGGACCAGUGGGAGAAGUUGCGGCUUGUGGUGGAUACGGCAAAGGAGGUGUGGGGUGUAACGGCUUGAGGCUCAGUAGCAUUCGCGAUCGUAUAGUCAGCAGAAGACACCAGCCCGAAAGUGUCUAGUCCCGGUAUAUUACCGACAAUAGGAUCUAUCUGACGUUUGACAUCACCA